GAAGCUGUUUGGGAUUUUAGUGAGGAGUGCAGAUGCUUUAAGCCCUUCCCAAAUCAUCAUUAAGGGGGGCGCGGACACUCCGACACUCCAGUGCGUAAAAGUUGAUCCACAUGCGAGAUGCGCGCAAAGCGACCAUGAGCAUAAAGGUUUUUAAUCCGAUCUUUCCCAUCAUAUGAAAGAUGCCUCCUUAACACCUUAACAAUUAUUUUUAUUCUUCAACUUCAACUUCAGCUGUCAGGAUUGGAGUGACUGAAGUGUUUUCUGUGGACUGACGAAGGGAAAGAUGAGCGCGUUUUAUUAUCGCAUGGUUCUUUUACCCUUCACCCUCUUCAGCACUGUUUUACUUCCGACUUCUGGAAAAUCACAGAAUGAAGCUGACAGCAACGGAGAAGAGUGUCCUGAUAAUAAGAUUGUGACAGUGGAGUACCCGUGUAUCAGAGCAGGAGGAGAGAGCGGCACAUGCCUCAGGAGGAAGUGCUGUAAAGGUUUCAGGUUCGUCAUGGGUCAGUGUGUACCAGAAAGUGUAGACGUGUGUGCGGGGUCUCCGUGUGAGCAGCAGUGUAUGGAUAACUUCGGCCGGGUGGUGUGUACAUGUUACAGUGGCUACCGCUUCGACCGGGCAAGGCACCGGCAGCACCUCCACCCGUACUGCUUAGAUGUAGACGAGUGUGAGGAGUCUAAUGGGACGCUGUGUGAGCAUGUGUGUGAAAACACACCUGGCAGUUUCCGGUGUCAUUGCAGUGCAGGAUACACACUGGCUGCAGACCAGCACUCCUGCAUACCUGCACACAAACUCUCUCUCUCACACUCUGCAGGGAAGUCUGAUACUCAGAUGAGCGCUGGUUCGUGCUCUCUCACCUGUCUGGACAUCAUGAACAUGAGGACCAGCCUACAGCAGCUCAAACUCCGCCUGGGACACGCACACUCUACUGGACAGGUGAUCUCACCUGAUUUAGCUAACAGCAGUGAAAAGCCACUUCCUGGUAGAGUAGGGAAAAAUCAUGAUCCCCACAUCAUGUAUGGUCCUCCAGGGGUGCCUGGACCCCCAGGCCUGCCAGGACCUCCAGGACAGAAAGGAGAACCUGGAUCCAUUGGUAAUCCAGGCCCUCAGGGACCAAGGGGUGACAUGGGCCCUAUGGGUCCGCAGCCGGACCUGGAGCAUGUUAAGAGGGGACGCAGAGGACCAGUGGGACCACCGGGAGCACCUGGAAGAGAUGGGCUUAAGGGUGAAAAAGGUUCUCCUGGACCCAGAGGACCACCGGGACCUCCAGGAUCUUUCGACUUUCUCCUGCUGAUGAUGGCAGACAUCCGUCACGACAUCAUCGAGCUGCAAGACAAAGUUUUUGGAAAGAGGACAGACUUCUUACUGGACACGCCUCCAGACUCCAUGGUGGAGGCGGAGUUUAAAGACUCGGGUUCAGGACAGGACGAGACAAUGCUCAACACAUGACGGAUGUGAAGACGUGGCACAGUGAGAAGUCAUUCGAACAGAAAUGAGAGACAACAACCAGCUACUGAGGACAUAAAACUGAAGCUGGCUGUCUUCAGUACUGAAACUUUGGACAAAUCAUGCAGCUGUCUCUCCAUCAGUGUUCAGAGCGCUAUAAUAACCCUGAACAUUAGCUUCACUUUGGGGCUAGAGUGACGGAGAGAGAGCAAAUAAUAGAGCAGUGAGAAAAAAGAUGACUUCAUCUCAAACCACUAACUAACACAUACAUUUGGUACAUGUACGAAUCAGUUAGAAUGAUGUGAAUGGAGAGAAUCUGACAUGCUAGCGGUGUGCCAUUAUAGGAAAAUAAUCAGUGGUGUGGUGGUGUGAUGCAGCUCGACAUGAAGCGGAGUCAUUGUUACCACCUGAAGUUUUAUGCCUUUUAUACCACAGCAAUUUGCCCUUGAUUACAAUUUAUAUUAAUUCAGUUAUCAAACGUUGUGUUUUUUAUCCAUUUAGAGUUAUGUUUAUUGUUGUGGAACAUCCACUUUAUCGCUUAUGUUAUAAAAGCAUCCAUUGUACCGUGUAAGCCUGUAGGGUAAAAAUGAUAACGUAUUAGAACAAUUGCAUUAAUAUAAACAUCAUUUGUCUGGCAGCUGGAACUACAGUCAGAGCUACUGUUACAGAAAAUGAAUCAACACCUUCUGACCAAUCAGAAUCGAGAAUUCGACAGAGCUGUGGUAUAAUAGCUGAUAAUCUAAGCACCACCUUGCACCUUUUUUAUGUUACUAAAAUUCUUCUGAAGUUUCACAGAACUCUUGAAUAAUCUUGGAACUCUUUAAAUAAUACUGACAUUCUCUUUAAAAAAAAAAAAACUCCAGGAUUGUACGUGAAAUGAAUGUCAUGCAUCAAGCAUCAUCUUUUUCCCGUCUUCUGCUUGUCCUGCAAGCGUGUAGCUGCAAAACAGCUGAACAGAGUUUAUAUGAAAGGGAGCCAGGGAUGUUUCCUUUUCUGUUUCCAUUAAUAUGUUUAUUCUUGUGUAUGUCAUAUUUUGCAUGUGCUGGAACACAUCAUCACUAUCAUCAUCAUCAUCAUCAUCAUCAUUCAGUCUUAUAGCAGUGAGCUGUGAGGUGGCAGUGCUACCUGUUAUAAUAAUAAUAAUAAUAAUAAUAAUAAUAAUAAUAAUAAUGAUAAUAAUAAUAAUAAUAAUAAUAAUAAUAAUAAUAAUAAUAAUAAUACUUCUGAGUGAGACUGUCAUGUUCCACCAGCAGAGGGAGACAAAAUACAGAGAGAAGAUACCUCUCACCAAAACCACUGAACCUUCUUUUGUCAAGAUUUAAACUGAAAUAAGAUACAAGGGUUUUUUGUUUGUUUGUUUGUGUUUUUUUAAGUUGGAUAAUUUCACUAUAUCCAGGUAAAUUUUUAAUUCAGUUACAAUUCAGAUCUAGAAAUGGCAUCACUUAUUUCCACUGACCCUCAUCAGUAUACUGUAUAUCUGUAGCAGGAGAACAAUAUAAAGAGAGACUUAGACUUUGUCUAAUGGAAUCUAUUUCCAAAUGGCUUUCACAUCCAGACAGGCCUUUCACAGUCUAGUGUUCUCCUUUCCUAACUUUCCUACUUGAAGUUAGAUUCAAACCCUGAAAAAAUGUUAAACUGUGCAGCAUUGCAGCUCGUCAUGACGUGAGACUCCUGUGUGAAUAUAGAAUAAAGACAAUGUUAUUCA